AUUCUCUUUAAUAAUUCCUAUUCUUUUUUUCUUUCUUAAUAGUAUAUAAUGAUUUUCUUUAUUUUCUUAUAUGCCAUGAACACUGGAGACAUUCUUUAUGAAUUAUAUGAACCAUCGACCAGCAGAAAAUUUCGCGAUGAGAUUCGUAAUUUUAUGUUUCAACUAAUUCAAAAUCGUUUGAAGUUUACUGCGUGCGGUUUUUACGAUGUAGAUCAUACAUUUAUAUACGGUAUAAUAGGUUCGAUUACUACAUAUCUCGUUAUACUGAUUCAAAUCGGAGGUGAACCUAAUGUUUUUAAUAUAUCUAUUAUGAAGAAUAUUUCAACGUCAACGAUGUAAAUAAUAAAAAAAAUCCUUUCUUUAUUCCACA